GGACCUGGUGUGUCUUCACAUGGAGACAUCUGGAGCAGCUGGUGCUCCUGGAUUCUAACCUGUGGCAGUGGGGGAGAGCGGACGUGCAGCAGUGGGACAGAAACCCUGUGUUCGGAUUCCUUCAGCUGAGAAACUGCUCAUCACCUGUAGCAUCAUGUCGUGCACGAGGAGGAAUACAAAAAGAGAAAACAAAUGAAAGAAGAAGGCAGAAUGAGCAGAGAUGCAAGUUGUUAAGAGGUGGUGAGCUGCUUGAGAGAGAUCAACCGCCAGGCAGACGACAGGCUGCACUCUCUUUUAUACAUAAACAGUUGUCUCUCGCUCUGUAUUUCGACAAAUAAUCGCUGAUCAGAGUUACGACUUCACCCCACUAGAUUCCUCAGCAGUGUAUGUUCUCAGCAGCAUGGCUCGUCAGCGCAGGACCUCCCUGUCCAGUGGAGGCGCUGUGAGUCCAGACUGUGACAAGCUCGAGCGCUCCAGCUCCCCGCAAUCCUCGAGUAGCAAAUCAAACCGGAGCCAAACCUCAGGGACAGCCAUCGUUGCCACGCCCGUAAGAUGCAAGCGGCCAAUGAAUGCCUUCAUGCUCUUUGCCAAGAAGUACAGAGUGGAGUACACACAGAUGUAUCCUGGGAAGGACAACAGAGCCAUUAGUGUCAUCCUUGGAGACAAGUGGAAGAAGAUGAAGAAUGAGGAGAGGAGGAUGUACAUGAUGGAGGCCAAAGCUUUGGCUGAGGAGCAGAAGAGGCUCAAUCCAGACUGCUGGAAACGCAAAAGAACCAACUCGGGUUCCCAGCAGUAGUUAAUCCCCCAGAAUCCCUGGCUGCUGGCGUUUCUUUGGCGUGGAGAGGUGCUGGACAGAGUCUGAUGGACCGCUUGAUGCCUCUUUGCUCUCCUGUAUUCUUGAUACUCAACUGUGAUGCUGACUUCACUUCCCUUUUCUUUUAACCUUGAAACAUUUAUAGAGUCAAACCAGAUUAUGAACUAUAAACGAAGCAUGUAAUCUAGUCACUAACAGUGCAUAUAUUUUCUUAUAUCUUUAACGUCCAAGAUGUCUUAUUCCCCUGAAAUAAGGAGGAAUGAAUCCUCUGGCGGAUUUCAGGUUAUUUCAUAUUCAAGGUUGAAAAUAAAGAUGACAUCAUGUGGUGCUAUGCUUCAAUGUAGAAGGAGCAGGAAAACAACAAGUGUCUAUUUAUAAUAAUUCAAAAAGGGGAUUUUAGGUAACUUUUCACAACUGUUCAUAUGGAUUAUAUUUGUAAGAUUCAAUCUAUUGCACAGAUUGGUAACCCUUUCAUACAUUUUUGUAUUACAGUCUAUAUUCUGCAGCUGAACUAUAUGGCCAACAGUUUGCGAUACUGUCCUGCCAAGUCUGUAGAUGGGUUUUCUUUUGCUCAGCCACCCAGCCAUGUGAUGUGAAGGCAUCGAGCAUGUGGUGGUGGGUUUACACUCAGCACUUCAGGCUUCACUGCAAGUGCUUGUUUCUUUUGCACUUUAUAUAAAUAUGUAAUCUAAUCAUAUACAGCCAUUGUAUACAGGUAGAAACCAUUUGUAUAAAACAGUAUCUCGGUAGUUAGCUGCGGCUCAGUGGCCAUGGUCUGCAGUCAGGUUGCUAAAUGAGUUUUAAGUGCUUUGUCCAUAAUGUACAGGUUUUCAUAGCCCCGAACAUCCUCUUGCACAGAAUAUCCUUGUAUCAUAUUAUAAAUAAUUGUUUUUUAAAACUUGCAUCUUAUCCAAGUGUUUCUUUUUCAUAAACUGUAAGCUGUAAUCACAACAUGUGGGGAUGCUUGGGUUUGUGUUAUAUUUCAUGUUUUUGUCUGUCCCUUUAGCUUCCUCCCAUGAACGCAUGUCCUUCUCUGACACUCUGAACCCAGGCAUGUCUGAAGCUUUAAGAGCUCUUGAUAUUCACUGAUCUAAAUGUCCAACCAGUAAAGCUUGAUGUUUCCAGGUAACAACACA